AUGCAGGAUUCCGUUUCCAAGUUCGCCAACGAUGUCAUCCUUCCCAAGGUCCGCGACAUGGACGAGGCGGAGGCCAUGGACCCCACCAUUGUAGAGCAACUAUUUGAGCAAGGAUUCAUGGGAGUCGAGAUCCCCGAAGAGUUCGGAGGCGCCGGGAUGAACUUCACGUCGGCCAUUAUUGGCAUUGAGGAGCUCGCCCGCGUUGAUCCCAGUGUCAGUGUCAUGGUUGACGUCCACAACACCCUCGUCAACACGGCCUUUAUGAAGUGGGGAUCCAACACCCUCAAGAAAAAGUACCUUCCCAGGCUGGCCACUAACGCCGUUGGUUCCUUCUGCCUGUCGGAGCCUGUCUCCGGCUCUGACGCUUUUGCCCUCGCAACCAAGGCCGAAGAGACAAGCGACGGUUACAAGAUCUCUGGAUCCAAGAUGUGGAUCACGAAUGCGCUGGAGGCCGAUCUCUUCAUCGUUUUUGCCAACCUCGACCCCAGCAAGGGCUACAAGGGUAUCACUGCUUUUGUCGUGGAGAAGGACUUCAAGGGCUUCUCCAUCGCGAAGAAGGAGAAGAAGCUCGGUAUCCGAGCUAGCAGCACUUGCGUCCUCAACUUUGACGACGUCGUUGUUCCCAAGGAGAACGUCCUCGGCGAGAAGGGUCAGGGCUACAAGUACGCCAUUCAGAUCCUCAACGAAGGCCGCAUCGGUAUUGCCGCGCAAAUGACCGGCUUGGCUCUCGGCGCUUUUGAGAACGCGGUCAAGUACGUCUGGAACGAGAGGAAGCAGUUCGGCCAGCUCGUUGGCGAAUUCCAGGGCAUGCAGCACCAGAUUGCGCAGUCAUACACCGAAAUCACGGCGGCGCGCCAUCUCGUCUACAACGCGGCUAGGAAGAAGGAGGCUGGUGAGGAGUUCAUCAGGGAUGCUGCCAUGGCCAAGCUUUACGCGUCCCAGGUAGCCGGCCGCGUCAGUGGUUUGGCUGUCGAGUGGAUGGGCGGCAUGGGCUUCGUGAGGGAAGGCCUCGCCGAAAGUUCUUCCGCGAUAGCAAGAUUGGAGCUAUCUACGAGGGCACGAGCAACAUCCAGUUGA